AUGUUCCUAAUCUUUCUCUUUCGCUGUUUAAAUCUAUCUAUCUAUCUAUCUAUCUAUCUAUCUAUCUAUCUAUCUAUCUAUCGCAAUCUGUUCCUAUCUAUGGCAGUGAGUUCAUAUCUAUCUAUCUAUCUAUCUAUCUAUCUAUCUAUCUAUCUAUCUAUCUAUCUAUCUAAGUCUGAUCAAUAUCUAUCUAUCGAUCUAUCUAAAUCUGAUCAAUAUCUAUCUAUCUAUCUAUCUAUCUAUCUAUCUAUCUAUCUAUCUAUCUAUUUGACAUGUCACUUCAAUGUCAUAUCUAUUCAAUGUCAUAUCUCUUCAAUGCCAUAUCUCUUCAGUGACAUGUCUCUUCAAUGUCAUAUCUCUUUAAUGCCAUUGACAUGUCACUUCAAUGUCAUAUCUAUUCAAUGUCAUAUCUCUUCAAUGCCAUAUCACUUCAGUGACAUAUCUCUUCAAUGUCAUAUCUCUUUAAUGCCAUGUUUCUUCAAUGUCAUGUCUCUUCAAUGUCAUAUCUCUUCAAUGCCAUAUCUCUUCAGUGACAUGUCUCUUCAAUGUCAUAUCUCUUUAAUGCCAUGUUUCUUCAAUGUCAUAUCUCUUCAAUGCCAUGUCACUUCAAUGUCAUAUCUCUUCAAUGCCAUAUCUCUUCAGUGA